CGAAAUAUAGGCCUAUAGCCUAAGGGUGUAAUUCAAGGUUUCGGUUUCUUUCUUUUCACUGACAAGAGGAAGAAGACUGCAGACGCAACAAGUCUAAACCUGGAAAAUAACCGUCUUAUAGCUGCCUUUACUAUUUCAGCCCUCCAGGCAUCAUGACCGUGGUGAAGUCCAGCCUGUCCAGCGACCAGGAGAAGAAGCUGUUGUCUCUGUUCGGCCGGGUCCGUCUCCACCUGCUGUACAAGGCCAGCGUCCACGGCUACGCCUCCGACAGCUUCCACCAACGCUGUGACAAGCAGGGGCCCACGUUGCUGGCCGCCUACAACGGGUCUGGCUACGUGUUCGGAGCGUACACCGCGAAGGACUACAGCCAGAGCGGGGUUCUGGUCAGCGACGGCGAGGCCUUCCUGUACAGCCUCGGCAAUGGCAAGGGCAACGCACCGCGGCGAGUGGCCAGCGACGACGGCAAGUACGGCUUCACCGACGGGGCAGCGGGGCCAGACUUCGGGGCGCUGAAGUUCCUGGAACAAGAUGCAGCCGCCGUGGCGUCCAACCCCGGGACUGGCUUCACCUUCAAGCCGAUGGACAUGCACGGAGACGACCUGGCCCUCACGGAGUUGGAGGCGUACAGAGUGGAAGAUAUUGGUGGCUUCUUGGCCAAGCCAUGGAGGGGUAAUGACUGGACUAUUAAGAGUAAACAGGAACUGAUGAAGAAGAUCCAGGAGUACCAGCCUGAGCUCAGCGGUGUGACCCAGGCCCGAGUGCUGCUGGUGGGGCCGGUGGGUGCCGGGAAGUCCAGCUUCUUCAACUCCAUCAACUCUGUGUUCCGAGGCCACAUGACCUCUCAGGCCAUCAGCGGAGUGUGUGGCAAGAGUGUGACCACGCAGUUCCGCAGCUUCCCCAUCAAGGCAGGGAAAGGGGGAAAGAUGCUGCCCCUGGUUCUGUGUGACACCAUGGGUCUGGAGAGCCAACCAGAAGCUGGGCUGAACGUGGACGACCUCUACAACAUCUACAAGGGCCGCAUAGCCGACCGCUAUCAGUUUAGUCCCAGCACACCCCUACAGGAGGACGCCCCGGGCUUCAGGAAGACGUCCACUUUGGGGGAGCAGAUCCACUGUGUGGUGUACGUGUUUGACACGUGCCAACUGCUCUGCGACGAGAUCAUCGAGAAGAUGGCCGCCAUCCGCAAGAGGACCAACCUGAUGAACAUUCCCCAGCUUCUGCUCAUGGCCAAAGUGGAUGAAGCUUGUCCCCUUGUAAAGGAGAACUUAUCCAACGUUUACCGCAGUGAAUACAUCUACAAGAAGGCCCAGCAGCUCAGCACGGCCCUGGGCAUCCCUCUGUGCUGCGUGCUGCCGGUGAAGAACUACAGCGAGGAGCUGGAGCUGGAGCUGAGCACAGACUUGCUGCUGCUCAACGCUGUGCAGCAGAUGCUCCACUACGCCGACAGCUUCUUCGAGAACCAGCCGGAGAGUGAGCAAGAGAUGUCCGAUACUGAGCAAAAGAUGUCCAAGAACAGAAAUUAAGUUAAAUCUGCAUUUUGUAAUGCUUACAUAUCUUUGUUUGAAUAGAUUAUGGUAAAUAAUUAAAGAAAAUUGUGCUGUUUAA